AUGACCGAAUCAUAUACCUGCAGUUUUGAAGAAUUCUUCGACAGCCACCUACCCAGCAAUGGAAUCGAGCUCGACCCGGUUAUCGGAGAUCUGAAGAAACAAAAGAUGCUCGUUUCUCGAGGGCAGUAUGUGUACCAGAAAUCGUCCUCAUCCACGCAGAAGCCACCGUUCAUGCAGACGUUUAAGUCGUUCAAAAGUCUGUUUCGAUCGACGAUCUCACACCACAAAUCCAAGUCGAGUCAUGAAGACGCUUCAAACCAUUGGUACCGCCGUCCAUUGGAGGAGAAUGUCGAAUACAUCGCCCAUGGCUGUAUAACCUCGAAUUCGGAGGGCCCAUUACGAUUGAUGGACGUCGUGGUGCCGAUUAUGGGCGUGGACAGCCGCGACGUUCACCCAUUGUCCGACGAGGUUGAUGUUGUACUUCUGUCCCAUUUUGCGCAAAUCGUGAACGGAGACGCCCGUGGAAGGUUCUGCUUUGCGGUAACCUUCAUAGAUUCUCAAGUAACACUGUGGCGGUUCAGUAGGUCGCUAACCAUCAAAUCCACGCCAUUUGACAUGACCGAGCACCCAGACCUUCUGAUCCAACUUCUCGUGAUUUUUCUCGGGUCACAGACACAUCUACUGGGGUACGAUUCCCUGGUCACCCUGCUCCCCGACUCAAACUAUGUCUACGAGAUACCGUCCGAUGGCGAUUCGGGACCCCUUUACUACAAAACCGCCGCCCUUAUCUGCGACUCCCAGCCUACGUACGUCUCCGGUCGCUCCCUGCGGAUCUGGGAAGUCGAGCAGGUGGAGUCAGUUUCGAACCCCGUGCGCGUACCAGGAACGCCCAACAGGGUAUUGAAGGACGUCAUCCUAGAUGCCACCGCGCGCACAGAGGCCGACAUCCAAGAGGAGCUUUUCGCUGAUAUGGCGAAAUUGGCCAAAGACGAAUCCUGGUCGUCACGGCCCUUCCUCAAGGAUUUCCCCCAGUGUGAUAUCGACGUUCUCGCGGAUGCGUUGGAGGGCGAAAGGUUCAAGCGCUACUUUUCCUGCAUCAUUGCGAAAUACAUUGGGGAAGUUGACAACGCCUGUGGUCACGGCCGCCCCAUACGUCGCUGCCAUUUCGUCUAUGAACGCAUUUGCACCCCUCUUGACGACAUCACCACCCUCGGGGAAGCGGUCGAUGUGCUCAGACAAGCACUGAUACCGCUGCGCCUCAUGUUCUGCGCUGGUUGGGUCCACCGCGACGUUAGUCCAGGCAACAUUCUCGCAUACCGACAAGCACCCGGGUCGCCCUGGACGGUUAAACUCUCCGACCUCGAGCACGCAAAGAAGUUCCCUGAUCCUGAGUCCACUGGGGGGGACCGUAUCACAGGAACGCCAUAUUUCAUUGCCUGCGAAGUCCUCGAUGGCGAUUACCCGUCCCCGCAAGAGCAAGACGAAGAUUGCACAGACGAUGAUGAUCCGGACAUGUCUCCUCCACCGCAUGAAUUCGUUCCUGUGGAGCUGGUGAAGUCGCUCCCUAAAGCACUACUCCAUUCUCGAUUCCUCAGGCACCUCAAUAGGUUACGAAAGAACCUCCACGGCCAGUACAUCGCACGGAACAACGAUGGAAAGUACAGCGACAUUUCUACCUACUCUUGGAUCGCGAGCGGUGCUUUCGAUAGCUUCUUCAAUGAGGUGGAGGCACGCAGGGACGAAUGGGCUGACAUCGAGGUUGUGGGCAGUUCGACAGCGCCUCGUAGAGAAUUAGCGCCAGCCGACAAAUCUACUACGAUUUUCGCCGCUGAUGCACCGCCUCCCCCUUCACGUUCGCCCCCGAACCAACACCAACAGCCCGAGGGCAAGCCGUCCCGUAAGCGCCCAGUCGCCGACUCGGCUGAAGGCGGAAGAGCCCAGAAGAGGGCCCGAAAGAACCCUGUGCGUGAUGAUAUUGUUGUUCCACGCCGGAGUGGACCAACAACGCGAUCGAUGGCGUUGAACGAACGUCGAGUCACAAGAUCAACCACUCGCCGUCUUGAAGAAGAGAAGAAGAAACGUCGUUUGAAGUAA